UGUUGUCAGAACCUCCAAAGGAAGCUGAAGGGCCCGAAGAAGGCCAAACUACUGCAUAUGAAUAUUACAAACGUAUAGUUAAUGAACUUAACUUGUCUGGUGCUUUUUAUCGUCAAAAGGAUGUUUCCCCAGCUGCAAAGGAUUUUAUUACUUCAACAAAUAAGGACCCAGUCUCUUUACUGAAUAUUUAUUCAACAAUUAGUGGAGAAGUACCUUUUAAAUUUUUUGAAUAUGAAUUGUAAAUUUCUGAUUGUUUCUGAAUUGGAUGGCCAACCAAUUUUUGGUUUUCCUUCGGCGUCCAAAAAAGAUGCCAAAAAGACCUGUGCUGUUUGCAUUCUUGAAAAGCUUUAUUUGGAACAACGCCUCAAUUGUCUGAGCAGCUCUGGUCGAAAACUCAAGCAUCCAAAUCGCCAUCCUCGUCCACUUCCAUUUACUCCUGUUCCAAAACUGGAUGAAGAUUUGGGCAAAAUUAGCGCUGAGUUUUACCAACAGCCUUUAUCUGUCGAUCCACAGAUGGCUUUGUUUGCUGAGGAUGUUGAUUUCGAUGGUCCGAUUGGUCCUAAACUUUUGGAAAUGAAACAGAACUUUGAAGAACAAAAUCCAAUGCCGUUAGAUUACAAAGACAAGGAGAAAUAUGAAGAUGUUCGCAACAGAGCUUUUAAACUUUUUUGUGAAAAUGCAUUUUGGGCUGAGUUAAAAUUGUGUGAAUCUACAAUUGAAAAGCUUAAUGCAGCUGGAAUGUGGCAUGAAAAUUGGAAUUCUAUUGCUUAUGUUAGCCAAUGUAUUAUGCGUUUAAAUUCUUGGAAAAUUAGAGAAAUGAAUGAAGAACAGAAACAACGGCAAGAAGAAACGACUGAAGGACAGGAGAAAUCGGAACAAAUGGAAAUUAAAGAACCGAAGAAGGUGGAACUUCCAGAAUAUUUUGUUUUUACAUUGCCAUAUCUUCCUCCACGUUAUGCUUGUGUUGCUUUAUUCAAUGAAGGACUUUUUCAUGGUCAAAUUUCUAAUUCAAAAUCAAAGGCAAAAGCUUGUUGUGCUGUAGUUAUUGCACAAAAUUUGAUUGAAAAGGGUUGGACUAAUCUUGGAAAGAAGAAGGUUGAACGUCCAAAAUCUGUUAAAAGCCGGCCUACUCAAAAGAAGCGAAAGAAGGAACCUUCGGAGGAAGAUUUGGUAUCUAUUGAAACUAAUUCAUCUGGAAUUCGUCCAAUAGAAUUUCAGCCAUACCAAUUUCUUUUGACAUUACAUCCAAAUGAAAAUCUUGAUCCUCGUACACAUUUUCUUCUUGCAACACAUGCAAGUAAAAAUGCAACGGUUCUUUUAACUGAAAUUUGUGCAAAGUAUCGAUUGGGGGCGCUUAGCUAUAAUGAGAUUAGUGAAGUUGGACCGAGGUUAUUUUUUAUUUUACUUAUUAAAGUUUUUCCAUUACCUCCACCAGUUACGCUCUUGGAUAUGAGAAAAAUAACAGUAGAAAAGUUUUAUAUAUUAAUAUUGUCAAAAGUGAAAGGCCUAUUCAUUGCUGAUGCAAUAAUUUCGCCGUAUCCAAUUCCUGGUGUUCCAUUGGAAGUAUUGGGAGGACCUCUAUUUCAAGCGCGUGGUGUGCCAGAAAAGAAUAAGAAAAAUGCAAAGGCUUCAGCUUCUCGUGCUGCACUUGAUAUUUUGGUUCGCAAAGGGACAAUUCAAAUUAAUGAGCAAAACUUUGAUGAGUUCAAAACGUUUGUUAAGGCAUUAUUUUUUGAGGAUAUUCCGUCAAUGGCCCAGGAAAAUAUUUAUAAUGAGAAUGUUAAUAGAGCUGAAGUUGUUGUCAGCACAAACUCGUAAUUAUUUAAAAUUGAUUAAUGGUAAUUUUGAAUGCCAAUAUUUGAUGGUUAAUUAUAUUUUUUCUU